GUUAAGUUGCAUCAGGUACUGAAAAACUAAGUGUACACGUGUUUGACGUGAAUCGUGUUCAUGUUAGUGUUGUUUAUAUUUUGACAGAUUGUAUAGUUCUUAGAGUAAAUAAGUUAACGUGUUUUGACAUCUGAAGUAAUGAAAUUUAAAAGUUGCAAUAUGUGUGGGUUGGCUGCCAUGGGAAUGGUGUUUGCUGUGCUAGUGGGGGUGCAAGGCCAGCGGGUGGCCCCCGGAGUGCCACCUCAGCACUACCAACAGCCGCCGCCGCCACCCCAGCACCAGGUGCCCAUGCAGCAGCAAGUGCCCAUGCAGCAGCAACACGUACCGAUACAGCAACAGCAGCACGUCCCGAUACAGCAGCAAGUACCCAUGCAGCAACAAGUACCCAUGCAGCAACAAGUACCCAUGCAGCAACAAGUGCCCAUGCAGCAACAAGUACCCAUGCAGCAGCACGUCCCGAUGCAGCAACAGCAGGCCCACCACGGCCACCACCCGCAGGGCCAGCCCCUCCUCAAUGCUGCCAACAUCGCACAGGAGAAGCAGCACAUCCAGGAGCACAUGGAGGUGCCGAUAGACACGAGCAAGAUGUCUGAGCAGGAGCUGCAGUUCCAUUACUUCAAGAUGCACGAUGCCGACAACAACAACAAGCUCGAUGGCAGUGAGCUUAUCAAGUCCCUCAUCCACUGGCACGAUGGGGAAGAUAAUGAAAAAAGGACUGAGUACGUCGAUGAAACUUUGGCCGAAAUCGUUGAUGCUUUCCUCCAGAGAAGUGACUUGAACAAUGAUGGAUACGUGGACUAUUCAGAAAUGAAGGCAACCGUAGAACAACAGAACUGAGAAACUUUUUUUUUUCCUACGCUUCAAGUUCAUCAAAGUGUCAUUUUUCGGGACAGGUGUUCAGCAUUCCACAUGGUUACUUUGUCUCAGGGUUAACUUCUUAAUUUUUGUUCCUGCAAAAUGAACAGCAAAAAAAAGGAGGGGGUGAUUGGGGUGUGUUUUCUAUUCUUAUGUUUGUCUUGUUACAGUGUAUUUUGAAGUAAUUGUAUGAAAUACAUAUUGUUAUUAACAUGUAUGAACCAUGGAGCCAGUGGUAUUACAUGUUCACUUUGCAUUUGUGACCUAUUGUUGUUGCAAGUCUCUUGACUAAUUUGUUUUUAUGAUUGAUAGUGCUCAUGUGUUUAAUGUAAAACUGAAUUUGGAUGUGCAAAGGAAAAAAAAAAUUAUCUUUAAAAGAA